AUGGACACCACAACCGACCCUGCUUUACUUGCCGAGAUUGAAGACCUCCGCGACGAAAUCGCUCUCAAAGAGGCGAUCCUCGAGAGCUUGGAUGAGAACAACGGGGACAACAGCGAGGACGAGGAACUCAGACAUACGACACAGAAAGAGCUCAGAGGCUUGCAGAAACAUAUCCGGGCUCUUCUUGCUACCUCAAAACGAGAGCAUAACGACGGUCUGCCUCACAGGAUUUUGGAUCAAGGUUCUGAGGGUUUGGCCGCCCAACGUUCUGGCAGCCACCACUCGCACGAUGCACAACUACAAGGGUCUGGUCUCUCAAGCCAUCUAAUGCCUCCGCCUCAUCAUGAACUGGUGAACCGCAAGCGCUACAGACAAGACAGCCUCGACAAUGGGAGACCGGAAUCAUCCAAAUCUCGACGAACAAGUCCUAGUCCUGGCUCAGCCCACACUGCCGCUCCCUCACCCACUGCCUCCUCUGCUAGUCUAGGCAGUCUAGAUGAUCCAUUUGCUGACCCACUCUUUGGCGGCUUCUCAAAGGAUGAGGUUGUGCAGAAUCAGGAUUACUGGAAAAGACGGGAACACCAAAGGCAGCAGGAGGAAAACGAUGCCAGACUUGCCCACCAGCUCUCACAGGAAUGGUCUCAGGAUUCUGGCCCGGAUAUGACACAACCCAUUGCCCCACGUCAAUCAGAGUAUACCCAGUCCUUUUUCAAAACGGACGGAAGUAUCAAUCGACUUCCUGCAAGCCAGCCUUCAUCCUUCCAAAACAUAACUCGACCAUUACCACCUGUGAAGCCGGAACCCUUGACUAAUACAACUCAACUGCUGACUUCUGCUGCAUUCGAGGCCACGGGCUCCAAAGUCAGUCCUAGCUUUACCUCUACGACGGCGAUGCCUGGCGCUUUUCCCAUCGGGUUUCCCCAUGGGCAGUCCUAUGGCAGCGUUGGCGGUAGUCAAGUGUACAACUUGACACCCUCCAUCCCCUCCAAUUAUUUGAUAAUUUCUGACUCCAGCGACGAGGAGAAGAAUCCGUCCUCUGACGCUGGCCGACCGAAGCAAUCUCUGGCGGAUCCUUCCUUCUCAACCCCCUAUGGGAAUCUGACAUACGGGGCGUAUGAUUCGUACGGGCCAUACGCAUCAUACGGAUACCGAGACGAGGCUCAAACUCAAGAACAGUUGAAAGAGCUUUUACAGCACAUUAGACCUGAUGAAGAGCUCACUGCAGACCACAUUCCGCAGCAGCCUCCAGGCCUCAAGGCGACUCUUAUGCCUCACCAGCUUAGUGGCCUCGCUUGGAUGAAGCGGAUGGAAGAAGGCACUAAUAAAGGUGGCAUUCUAGCAGACGAUAUGGGUCUCGGCAAGACUCUACAGAGCAUCGCCUUGAUGCUAGAGCGUCCGCCACCCGAUAACAAGCCUUGUCCUACUCUUGUCGUGGCACCUGUGGCACUGAUGCAUCAAUGGAAACGGGAAAUCGAGAAGAUGGUUCGACCACGAUACCGUUUGAAUGUCUUCAUCCUCCAUGGAGAGAGCCGCAAAAUUACAUGGACCGCUCUCAAGGCCUAUGAUGUGGUUCUCACGACAUACGGAUUGCUUACAUCGGAGCUGAAACGCAAGCUGGCACUGGAUGAAAAGGCUAAGAAAUUAAAGGACUGGCAGCCGUCCGUCGCCGAAGACUGCCCUAUCCUUGGAGAUAGAUCGAAAUUCCACCGUGUGAUUCUUGACGAAGCACAAAACAUCAAGAAUAGGAAUGCGAAGUCUGCCCUUGCUGCUUGUCGCAUUCAGGCAGAGCAUCGUUGGGCUCUUACUGGGACACCAAUGCAGAACUCUACCGAGGAAAUCUUCAGUCUCAUCAAGUUCACUCGGAUCCCACCUUAUAACAACUGGGAACAUUUCAGAAGGAGAAUCGGUGCCCCACUCAGAGGCAGAUAUGAGAAUGACAAGGACACAGCCAUGAAAGCACUUCAAGCGCUACUCCGGGCUAUCCUAUUGAGGCGAACAAAGCAGUCGAAGAUACAUGGCCAACCCAUUCUCCGACUUCCUCCCAAAGAGACCAGAGAGGAUCGAGUUGCGUUCGACAAGGAUCAGCUUGACUUCUACAAAGCUCUGGAAACAAGUGCUCAGAUUCAGGUGAACAAAUAUCUACAGAAAGGGACUCUCGGCCGAAAUUACUCUCACGCCUUGGUCCUCCUUCUUCGCCUUCGUCAAGCCUGCUGUCACCCAGCACUUGUUAUUGCGAGCAAAGACUUUAUCCAACUCCCAGGUGGAGAGCUGGACACUGAUGCUCUCAUCCGCAAUGCAGAGCAACUCGAUGCAAAGGUUGUUGCACGGCUCAAGGAACUGGAUGCCUACGAAUGUCCGAUCUGUUUCGACGUCACAGAAAACCCUUCAGUGUUCUUUUGCGGGCAUGCCAUAUGUGGGGACUGUCUCAAUCAGCUCGUCGACCAAGCCAGCAACGACAACAACGGUGGACCUCCGGUUUGCCCUCAAUGUAGGGCGAGGAUUGACGUCAACAAUGUCACGGACUAUACUAGUUUCCUUCGCGUCCACUGUCCAGAUCGGGUGGAAGCCCCGGAGCAAAAGGAAGAUGACGCCGACUCUGACGUUGAUUCUGACUCCGAUGGCGACAGCAGCGAUGACUCUGACGAGGGUGACGACCUCGACGGUUUCAUUGUGUACGACGAUGUCGAGGACGACUCCCAGGACGAGGAGAAUGAAAACUCGAAGAAACGGUCGUUGAAAUCCAAGUCCAAGAAAGGCAAGGAGCGGUCUAGGUCGAGAUCAAGGCCGCGAACCAGAGAACCGCUCAAAAGCCUUGCACAACUUCGGAAGGAAGGUCUGCGCAACAAGGCUGCUAAACGGCAGUAUUUGAAACGCCUCAAAAAAAACUUCCAUCCUUCUGCCAAAAUCACGCGUACUGUUGAGCUGCUGGAGGAAAUUAAAAAUAAUGGAGAGAACGAGAAAACCAUCAUCUUCUCCAAUUUCACGUCAUUUCUGGAUCUGGUGGAGUUACCUCUGUGGAAACACAAAGACUUCUCCCAGUACGUACGUUACGACGGUUCUAUGAGCGCCAAAGACCGCAACGACGCAGUGCUCGAAUUCACCGAUAACCCCAACUGCAAGGUGAUCCUGGUCAGUUUGAAAGCUGGAAAUGCCGGCUUGAACUUGACUGUAGCAAAUCAUGUCAUUAUGCUUGAUCCAUUCUGGAAUCCAUUUGUCGAGUAUCAAGCUGCGGACCGGUGUUAUCGGAUCGGGCAAACGAAAAAAGUCACUAUCCACCGAGUUCUCAUUGGUGAAGGAGAUUCUAAGGCCGUCGUCGACCCUUCGGGCUUCACAGUGGAAGAUCGUAUUCUGCAGCUGCAAGAGCGCAAACGCGACCUAGUUGAUACAGCCCUUGACGAGACAGCUGGUCGUGAGGUGUCCAGACUCGGUGUGCGGGAAUUGGGCUAUCUAUUCGGCCUCAACGCCCUCUAA